UCUCCACGAACAGCAACUAUUUUGUUGGGCUGAGAUGGACAUCGCCGUGGUUGACUUUGGGUCCUUUGGCUUAGGCAAAGCCCAGCCCUCGGCCAAGGAACUGCAACGAUUGAGCUCUGAGAUGAUGAGGGCCUUCACUGACAUUGGGUUUGUGUACCUCAAGAACACUGGGUUUGAACAACAAAACGUAUUCAGAACAAUGGAGAUCUGCAAGAAGUUUUUCGUGCUUCCCAGAGACAUUAAAAACCUGUAUUCCCAUUCAGUUGACUCCAAUGUAUUCCAUCAUGGUUGGGUUCCAGGAGAGGCCGAAAGAUUAAACCCCAAUCGUCCUGCCGACCAGAAGGAAGCUUAUGAUGUGACAGGAUCACCAAAUCAUGUGAGAUCUCAGAGCACAGGUCAUUGUUGCACGUCAUACAUGUGCUCACUUGAAAUCUAUCAUCCUUGGGCUGAGAUGGACAUCACCGUGGUUGACUUUAGCUCCUUUGGCUUAGGCAAAGCCGAGCCCUCGGCCAAGGAACUGCAACGAUUGGGCUCUGAGAUUACGAGGGCUUUCACUGACAUUGGGUUUGUGUACCUCAAGAACACUGGAUUUCAACAACAAAAUGUGUUUAAAACAAUGGAAAUCUGCAAGAACUUCUUCAUGCUUCCUAGAGACACUAAGAUUCGCUAUGCCCGUGCAUUCAACAAUAAACAUCAACGCGAUGGAUGGAUUGAAAGAGAAACAGAAAGAUUGAAUCUGAAGCAUCCUGCAGACCUGAAGGAAGCCUUCAACUUAACCUUUCCCAUCAUUAAAUGGCCUUCUGCCAAAGAUGCCCCCGAGUUCAAAGGAUCCAUGGAAUCAUUUUUCAAACAAUGUGACGAGCUGGCCCAUAGAAUUAUGAAACCUCUUGAGUUGGGUCUUGGACUUGAGAGAGAUUUCUUCAUUAACAAACAUAAAUUGAUAGGCAGUGACUCAAAUCCAACCACCCUGAGAGCUCUGUACUACCCCCCGGUGCAGAAAUCCAGUGUGUUGGAGAAUCAGAUGCGAUGUGGGGAGCAUUCGGAUUAUGGAACAUUCACUUUACUCUUCCAGGAUGAGAAUGGGGGACUGGAGGUCAUGAAUAGAUCAGGGGAGUAUGUUGCUGUCCCCUACAUUCCAAACACUGUACUUGUCAACAUAGGAGACCUGAUGCAGAGGUGGACGGCAGACAUACUGACAUCUACGAUGCAUCGAGUCAAAUUGCCAGAAUCGGAUGACAACAGCGAGCGACAGUCACUGGCGUUCUUCGUCCAUCCCGACAACGAAGCAAUCAUCACCUGUUGUGACGGAUCGAACAAGUAUCCUCCUGUCAGCUCUCUCCAGUAUGUAGAGUAUCGUUUAGCUGGUACUUACGAACGCAAGAAAUCUCCAGCAAGUGAUGUGCUGGACUGAAAUUUAUAGCCCUAUACCCCAAAUCAUCUAAGAACUGACAACAUUUGAGCCACUGAAAUAACACCUAGGCUAAGCUUGUAAGACCAUUUUGUACUAAAAUGUAAGAUAGUGCAGACUUGUGAAAUAUUCUUAAAUGUUGUCUUAAUUUGGAAGCCAGCUCUCUGCAGCUCUUAAAUAAAACAAACCUCCAAACUAA